AACCUCCUCCUCCCUCCGCCCUCGCUCUCUCCACCUAGCAGUGCUGUGCCAUGCUGCGCCUCUUGCACCGCGUCCUCUUUGAAAAGUACCCGAACCUGGGCACCUCGGUCAUCUAUGGCUCGCUCAACGCCAUCGCCGACAUUGCCGCACAGCUCUUCUUCACGAGCGGCGGCACCUACAACCCGUACCGCACCCUGCGCUUCUUGAUCUUUGGCAUGGGCAUCGCGCCCCUCGCCGUCAUGUGGAACACCUACCUCGAGCGCACCUACCCUCUGCGACCAAGCGUCGAGGACCCGCUCGAGAUCCCGGUCCAGCUCGAGGGCAUCACGAUCGACAAGAUGCGCGAGGUGUCGGCGCCGAGGGCGCACCGCCGCACGAGCUCGCAGGUGUCGCACUCGGAGGGCUACUCGCCCGAAGCAGAGACCGAGCCGAUGCUGCCGCUCAACGGGCACGCCGCGUCGCCGUCGGCGCCCUCAGUGCCCAAGGUCAACAAGGCCGUCCUCUUGCGCCGUGUCGCCAUGGACCAGAUCGUCAUGGCACCGAUCUCGUUCAUCGUCUUCCUCGUGUGCAUGGGCAUGAUGGAGUUCCUCACGCCGUCCGAGAUCUACCUCAAGGUCGAGAACGCCCUGUGGCCCAUCCUCCUCACCAACUGGAAGGUCUGGCCUUUCGUGCAGGCCGUCAUGUUCCUCUACGUCCCGCUCGUGUACCGCGUCCCGCUGUCGGGCGUCGUCAACCUCGUGUGGACCAUCUUCCUCUCGUGGGAGACGGCGAGGAGCGCCAUGGCGUGAGCUGGCCUCACUGCAAUGUCUCUUGUCUUCCUUCG